GACGCCGGGGCGCCGCUGGACCAGCUGGACGGCGUGCGUGCGGAACCUCUGAGCGACUGAGAAAAGUGGGCAUUCUUGAGGCUAUCUGCACCUUGUGACUGGGAAAAGAUGGUCAACGUCUUGAAAGGAGUGCUUAUAGAAUGCGAUCCCGCCAUGAAGCAGUUCUUCCUGUACUUGGAUGAGUCUAAUGCGCUGGGGAAGAAGUUCAUUAUUCAAGACAUCGAUGACACUCAUGUCUUUGUAAUAGCAGAGUUGGUUAAUGUCCUCCAGGAGCCAGUAGGUGAAUUAAUGGACCAAAAUUCUUUUUCUCUUACCCAGAAGUAAAAAUACUAAACAUUGACCACUUAGGAAUUAUAAGCAGCAAAUGUGAAAGACCAUCCCCAUUUCAAAUCAUGUAAUCAGUUAAACCUAGCAGAUUGUUUAGGAGCAUGUCGUAGGAAAGAUGGUAGGAUCAUUUGU